GUCUAUCGACAGGUAGCGCGCGCGCAACACUAGCGCGCAGCCUCGCGACGAAAUUAUAAACGAAUUUAUAAUAUUAUUUAUUUUAGUGAUGAAAUAAUUUAAUAUUAUUAUUUAAAAUAUUAUAAAGAAUUUUAUUAAUAAAAAAUAUACUAUAAUAAAUUUUGUGCAGUUGAGUUCUAUCAGUUUUAAUAAAGAAAAUGCCUGAAGAAGCAAAUAAAAUGGAUAAAGGCCCAGUGCUGGGAGUGAGGCACGUCCAAGUGGUGAUGCUGUUCUUCGCCAUGGUGAUCUGCUUCACCAUGAGGGUCAACAUCAGCAUGGCGAUUGUUGCCAUGACUGACACUUCUAGUGCUGGAGAAGGCGUGUUCGACUGGAACAUGCAGAUCCAGAGUGUGAUCCUAUCCUCCUUCUUCUGGGGGUACAUAGUACUGCAGAUCCCUAGUGGUGAGCUGGCAGCCAGGUACGGAGGUAUGAUCCUCGUCACCAUCUGCAUAGCUGUCAACUCUGCCGUGUCGCUGCUCAUUCCUAUUGCGACUUAUUAUGGUGGUUGGCAGAUGUUGUGCGGAUGUCGAGUCCUUCAGGGUCUGUCUCAAGGCUGUUUGUAUCCGACGAUGCAUAACCUUAUUGGCAAAUGGGUUCCGUUGGAGGAAAAGAGUAGACUCGGGACCCUAAUAUAUGGAGGUGCUCAGCUGGGAACAGUUAUACAGUUAGUAGUAUCAGGCUUCAUAGCUAACUCCUGGGGCUGGCCAGCCAUCUUCUACGUCAACGGUGCUACCGGUGCCAUCUGGGUGGUAGCCUACGUGUUCCUCGGCUCUGACUCUCCACAGCGAUCGAAGAUGAUCGGCGAUACUGAGCGGUUGUACAUUCAAACAUCUCUUGGACAAGUGGGAGAGCAGAAGAGGCUACCAACUCCUUGGAAGAAGAUCAGCACAAACCUGUCCUUCAUUUCCUUGAUAGUAGUCCACUGCGGACACAACUGGGGCUUCUGGACCCUGAUGACUGAGAUGCCGUCAUACAUGAAGCAAGUGCUCGGAGUUGACAUUAAAGCGAAUGGUCUAAUGUCAGCUCUUCCUUACCUGGCGAUGUAUAUGCUGAGUUUCCCCUUCGGAUUCCUAUCGGAUUACAUCUUGGAGAAGAAAUGGCUCAGCAUCAGCACUUGCAGAAAACUUUCUAGUUCUAUCGGUGAAUACGGUCCCGGUUUAGCCCUGAUUGCGUUGUGCUACGUGCCCGCUGGUGACGUCAUGCUGGCUGUCACUCUACUCACUGUCGUGGUUGGACUUAAUGCUGGCCAUAUGACUGGAUAUUUGCUGGUCCACAUCGACAUGGCUCCAAACUUCGCCGGCACUAUGAUGGGCAUCACGAACUUCUUUGCAAACAUCAUUGGCAUCAUCGCUCCUCUAGUUGCUGGAGCUAUUCUCCAAGAUGAGACCGAUCCUACACAAUGGCACCAAGUGUUCUACGUAUCGUCUGCUAUCUACAUCGCUACCAAUACUUUCUUCGUCGUCUUCGGCACCAGCGAGAGACAGAGUUGGAACGAGCCUGAAAAUAGCCAGAUUACUGCUGACAAGAUCUUUGGGAUUCGUCACCUUCAGGUGCUAUUAUUAUUCUUUGCUUUGGUUCUGGGAUUCGCCAUGAGAGUCAAUAUAAGUAUGGCCAUCGUCGCUAUGACAGACAAGAGAAGUGAAGAUCCAUUUGAUUGGAGUAUGCAAACCCAAAGCGUGGUCUUCUCCUCUUUCUUCUGGGGGUACAUAGUGCUGCAGAUCCCUAGUGGGGAGUUAGCAGCCAGGUACGGAGGUAUGAUCCUCAUCACCUUGGCCAUCGCUGUGAACUCCGCCGUGUCAUUGGCUAUACCUUAUGGAGCAUAUCAUGGAGGCUGGCAAGGAUUAUGUCUUCUCCGUGGUAUUCAGGGUUUGUCUCAAGGUUGUCUGUUCCCAACUACACAUCAUCUCAUAGGUAAAUGGGUCCCUCUGGAAGAGAAAAGCCGGUUCGGUACCUUGAUAUAUGGAGGUACGUUGCUCGGUACUGGCAUACAGAUGGUAGCCUCGGGCUACAUUGCCGAGUAUUGGGGUUGGCCAGCCAUUUUCUAUAUAAAUGGUAUGCUAGCUGCCGUCUGGGUGAUGUUCUACAUUUUCCUCGGAGCAGAUUCUCCUCAGAAAUCAAAAAUAAUCAGCACAGAGGAGAGAAUGUAUAUACAGACGUCACUUGGACAGACUGACGGUCAAAAGAUAUUGAAAACUCCAUGGAAGAAGUUAGCCACCAGUGUGCCUUUCAUAUCUCUGACGGUGAUGCACAGCGGACAUAACUGGGGCUUCUGGACCCUCAUGACUGAGAUGCCUUCGUACAUGAAGCUAGUGCUUGGAGUCGAUAUUAAAGAAAGUGGCGCCAUGUCAGCUCUGCCGUACUUUGUGAUGUAUAUUUUAAGUUUCCCUUGUGGUUUCAUAUCGGACUAUGGUUUAAAGAAUAAUUGGUUUAGUAUUAACACUUGCAGAAAAGUGUCCAAUUCCAUUGUAGGUGAAUACGGGCCUGCGCUAGCUUUGAUAGCACUGUGCCACGCUCCUGCUGGUGACGUCACUCAGGCGGUAGGUCUGCUCACACUCGUCGUCGGCCUUAACGCGGGACAUUUGUCUGGAUUUAUGCUGGUCCACAUCGAUAUGGCCCCCAACUUUGCGGGAACCAUGAUGGGCAUCACCACCUUCUUCGCUAAUGUCGUUUCUAUCAUCGCACCUCUAGUGGCUGGAAUUAUACUUGAAGACGAGUACGACUUCGACCAAUGGCGUCUGGUAUUCUAUGUGACGUCAGGUAUCUACAUGGUCACCAACACCAUCUUCAUUAUCUUCGGAACAAGUGCAAGGCAGCCUUGGAAUGAGGCUCCUGAUGCAGACGAUGCUGAAACUAGACCAAAUCCAGAAGUUGUGGAAAAUAAAAGCGACAACUGAAUGCAUCC